AUGGAUUUGGCCAGCUUGAAUGACGGGUUUGAGGGUUCGGUGUUGACCGCAUACUGGAAGGACAUGCUGUCACAGUAUGCACAGCUCAGACUUUGCAAAAAUGCAUCCACUGCACAAAUUGAUUGGCAUUCAUCCAUUCAGGACAUGGGGCCAAAUAAGAGUGCCACUUGCGUUUUUUUGGUGGAACUCCUUGGCCCCUCCAAUUUUCCAGAGCCUCAUCAGCAAGGAUGCCAGCAGUUGAGUCAGAGUCUGCAGAAGAGGAAGCUGGAUAUUUUCAGAGAAGAUAUUGAGGGAAAGUGUGAACACUUCCCAAAACUGCAGGAACAGAUGCAGGGCUCUUCCCUUCCCACUGUCGAGCCCUGCUUUGCGGACAUGACAGAGCUAAAACACCGAGGAGCCAAGAAUGGAGAGCCGACACUGGACCAGCAAGGGUCUGAGGAUAAGGGCUCCGACAGUGAGCUGAAAGCAGAGAAGGAUGGGGUCUCUGACACAGAGUCCAAGCCUGAGACAGGGGUGCCAGAGGUGCCUGUGCCUCCUGAUGACACCCCCGAGGUCCUCAACAAGGCCCUGUCUGGGCUGUCCUCCAGGUGGAAGAACUGGUGGGUGAGGGGCAUCCUGACCCUGGCGAUGAUCUCUUUCUUCUUCUUCAUCAUAUACCUGGGGCCCAUGGUGCUCAUGAUGAUCGUCCUCAUUGUGCAGAUCAAGUGCUUCCAUGAGAUCAUCACAAUCGGCUACAACGUGUACCACUCGUACCACCUCCCAUGGUUCAGGACGCUGAGCUGGUACUUCCUCUUGUGUGUGAACUACUUCUUCUACGGCGAGACGGUGACAGACUCCUUCUUCUCGCUGGUGCAGAGGGAGGAGCCGCUGCGGAUCCUCAGCAAAUAUCACCGUUUCAUCUCCUUCGCCCUCUACCUCUCUGGCUUCUGCAUGUUUGUGCUCAGCCUGGUGAAGAAGCACUACCGCCUGCAGUUUUACAUGUUUGGCUGGACCCAUGUGACUCUGCUCAUCGUGGUCACGCAGUCUCACCUCAUCAUUCACAACCUGUUUGAGGGCAUGAUCUGGUUUAUCGUGCCCAUCUCCUGCGUGAUCUGCAAUGACAUUAUGGCCUACAUGUUUGGAUUCUUCUUUGGCCGCACUCCACUCAUCAAGCCCUAG